CUUGGGCCUGGCAGAAUGGCUUCCGCAAAGAAGGGUGGUAAGGGUGCCAUCAGCAAGGUGGUGACCCGAGAAUAUGCCAUCAACAUUCACAAGCGUACCCAUGGAGUGGGCUUCAAGAAGCGUGCCCCUCAGGCACUCAAAGAGAUCCAGAAAUUUGCCAUGGAGAAGAUGGGAACUCCAGAUGUGCGCACUGAUACCGGGCUCAGCCAAGCUGUCUGGGCCAAAGGAAUAAGGAAUGACCCAUACCAUAUCCGUGUGCGGUUGUGCAAAAAACAUAAUGAGGAUGAAGAUUCACCAAACAAGCUCUAUACUUUCGUUACCUAUGUACCUGUUGCCACUCUCAAAAAUCUACAGUCAGUCAUCAUGGAUGAGAACUAACCGCCGAUUGUCAUAUAUGUCAA